AUGUCCUCAGGGAGUAGUGAGCAGGUGAAUUGGGAUGAUUGGACUCAAGUCACCGAGCCAGGACUCCGAAAGCGCAUCCAAAAUCGAGUGUCACAGCGCAGACAUCGCGAAAGAAAAAGACUUCAGAACCACCUCAUACAACUAGAGUUAGGCCCAUCCACUGCGCUUAACUCGCACCCUGCUACAGAUAUAGAGAAUCCCGAACAACGCCCUACAACACCCACAGUAUCUGCUACCAGAAAAAGUGGCCAUGAUGCUACGCCUCAUAUCCCAACCGCAUUCAAAUCACCUGAAGACCUCAAUAGCCACCUUCCUAGCAGACCUUCUAAGAAAUGCUUAGAUUGGCCCGAAAUUGAUGCGCCCUUUUUCGUUGACGACUUGCAUGUGCCCAAGGAGCAGGAAGCGCUUGAAAAACCGGAUCUCAUGCCACAGAAAGCCCCGGGGGAGGAGUUACCCCCUGAAUUAUCUCAAAAUUAUGGGCAGGAGUACUACUCGAUUCCGAUGGGCUGCAAUUUCUCCGAGGCUUUAUCUCGACCAUCCUCCUUGCUUUUUGGCGCCGAUAUUCCCCAGACGAAUAAAGACAUCGCAGUUCAAAGGGAACAGGCCAACGGACAAUAUGGCCUUAACUACACGGAUGGGUUAUCAUAUUGGCAAAAGAACCUGCGCCUUUCAAGUCACAGUUUAUUAGAGUCAUAUCCAACCACCAGUCCUCCCGCUCUAGAACGUUGGAGGACACAACAGAGGCAACGCAAUUCAAACCCGGAGCCAGAACACUCACCAUCAUCCCAUUACACGGUCCACAAAUCUACCCAGGCCAUAGGAAGCGAAAAGAGUGUUCGUAUAAGAUGCGGAUGCCAUCUACAUCGCAAUCAUAGACAAUGGGAGCAGCUACGUCAGAUCAUCCAGCGAAAUCCCCAGCUCCGCCAAUUAGCGCGGCAACCCAAUGUGAGGAUCAAUAUCGGGGCACCUCCACAAGCGGACGACCUGGAUGCUUCCAGUGUUCCCAGUAGAAUGGGUCUAUUAUCUGAACCUCGUACUGGGUCCUGGUAUAUGCGCGAGAUUCAAAAUGGCCGGGAACGGAUGAUUGUUAUCUACAUCGAUCCCACAACAAGCGUUGAGCAAACCUAA